AUGGUAAGACGGGACGAAGGCAGCGGAGCUAGAACCCUCUACGAUGAGCCGAUUUCGCCAGUUGGGAGGGUCUUCCUGCAGCCGGAGUUGGAGCAGGUGAUCCACUGCGUCCUCACCUUUCAGAACCCCUUCGACGUCGACGCGGUCAAAGGGGUCCUCAAAUCCUCCCUCAUCAACGACUGUCUCCGCCUACGCUCCCUAGUGGUCGACAUCGAUAACCACGUGAUUAUCGUCCCCGAGGAGGAAGAGAAAACGGAUGACCGCCGCCACCGUGCAGCGCGUGAUUCAUCUCCCACAGCGGCUUCUCCCUACUCAUCAGCAGUGACGACGCCAGCGUACUCGUUGAUGUAGAUAUCAUUUUCCCUGUCUUCGUAGUAGUCUCCGUGCUGCGGUUCCACCACGCGCUUGGGGACGGUGUCUCCCUCCUGGGCCUCGUCCUUGCUAGCUGCGUGCGACCUGGCAACCCUGAUGCAGUAUUGAGUCAUUUUCAGCCGGGUCAGCAGCUGAAAGGAAAGGGAGGAACUGGUCAAAAGGAACAGCUACAACAGAACCAAUCUCCGACAAAACAGCUCAACGAAGAUGACGGCAGAAAAUCUACUACAAUAACGGAAGAACAGCUACCAAGCGCUCAACGUCCGCAACGGAGCCAUAAACGCUCCGAAAAGAGCGAUUUGUUUUACUAUUAGUUGCAUUUAUGGUUACUGCUAUAAAAUAUGCACGAGACUCAAAGAGAGGACACAGAAUGUUUUAUUUCAAGAAAGUUUAUAAUAAGUGAUUGAUCAUUGAUCUUUUGAUCCCGUCGCCCCGGCUCGGGUUGAUCGAGAGGACCCCGUUACUCCCGGUCUAGAGCUUUUCUCUUCUCCCAUUCAUUUUUUCUGUCGAUACCCAUCGACCUAUGUUUGCAACUCCGCUCUUCCUCAACACCAGACAAGUCAACACUUCCAGCAAUCCAACUGAUGUCUGACUCUGCUAAGGAACCUGCGGUUUACUCUGCGCCAUCUCUGACGGAAUGAUGAACUUUCCACAACGAUAGUGAACUUCUUUCCUUUCUCGAUUUAAAUUUGUGCAUUUAAUAUAUUCUCUUGCUCUUUGUCGCCUGAGAGACCAUAGGAUAGCCAGUUAUUGAUAUUCGGCAGAUCUUAAACCGUGAUGAGAAUAUUUUCUGACGUGAUAAAUCCGAGUGUCCUGUCAGCGGUUUUCUUAAACUGCAGAUCCUUUCGUUUAUUCAAUUGGGGGUGUUUCUAGAUAAUUUCGAAGUUCACUCACAUUCACUUUAAUUUCUUGAGUGAAUCUGCUUGAUUUUAUAGUCUUCAUAUUCUUUUCAAAACCAUCCGCAUCAAACCGGGUGAUGUCCAUCACUUUCCCCGGCAGCGGCGGAGAGGGGAGGCGGAGAGCGGAGUUCUCCCUCGCUGCCAGCGUAAUGGGAGUAGCGGUAGGCACGUGGGGCAGUGAAGGCGGCCUGGUACAUGACUCUGUACGCGGCGAACUCAUCUAUGCAUGCAGGUGCUCCGGAAGGAGGAUAAGACGAUGAUCGACGAUGGGGUGGGUAUGGAGCUCUUGCCAAGAAAAAGCUGACUACAGUUGCGUUAUGCCUGGACGAUAUCAAUGCUGUCAAGACCAAGCUCAAUGCGGUAAGUUUACACCUCCUACGUUGACGACGUUAUCCUUCAUUGCUCACCAAGGGAGAUUGGAAUGUCACAAGAUAAAAUUAAAAUAAAAUUUUGAUUAUGUAAUUAAUUUUGAUAAUGCAACAAAACAUUUUUUCGUUUUCUAGACAGUCAAUUAUGUUUUUGUUGGCAUUAUCUCGCAUGGAAUAGCGAAAUACAUGAAAUUAAAGUCUUCAAAUGGUAAGAUUUGUUCAUUUUCUAUUUUAAAUUAUAAUAUAGAUAGUAUUUGGUUCUACAAGAUUCUCAAUAAUUUUCUGAUGUCAUCAUCCUUUACAAGGCUUCAAAAUAUGCUCUAAUCAAAGGACUAGUCAUGGUUAGUACAAGAGAAGGCUGCUCAAGGUUGUAUUUUCUCAUUUUUUAAUUAUUUCUCUCAGUUUAUCAUACACAUAAAAAAAACUUGAAACACUCUAGAUGUCUCUCUUUUGCUGGCAUUCGAAACACCGAUAAUUUCUAUAAUUACUAUCUUACAAUUCAACAGGCAUAGAUCUUUGAAACGCCAUGGGAAGGACAAGGCAGUCCAGGUACGAUUGAUACCACAUGUGCCCCCUCCGCCCCACCCACCCAUCCGCCUUCUCUUUCCGGGUACGCUCUCGUGGUCUUAGACAGUUGCUUCCUAUUCUUUAUGAGGUAGGAUCCCCGAGGAUGGGGAAGGAGACUAACUAUUAAUCCAUGUGUAUCAAUCAGCCCUCAGGGAGUUGGACAGAGCCUUAAUAGUGAUAUCACACCACUCCCAAUAAACUAGGAGGUGGACCUCUUAGAGGAAGUCAGAAUCUUUCCCUCAAAUCUUCACCGCAGUUUUGAGAAAAGACAAAAAUAGAGGCAGAGAGACAGAGAUAGAGAGACAAAGAGACAGAGACAGAGAGAGGGAAAGGGGGUUAAUGUCCGGCUUGAUUUGAGGGAAAUAUCAAGACGCCCGGUCCUGGUCUGCGCUGCCGCCGGGGGCAGUACAUGACAGUGAGCGGAACCAGUAGAGGGUCUCAUGGCCGUGGGCUCGACUUUUCUGGCUUUCGGGCCGUCUGAUGAAUGCAUUUGUUCUAUGUCGAUGGUACUGCAAUGUGAAUAUAUUUUUAAUUUGUUCCGAUAACCUUGGGCCAUUGUCUCGUUGCCACUGUCCCUAAAUGGGUGUAGCCAACUGCAAUGAUUUUCGGCUACUUCCCGCUUAGAGUGAGAGAUAGAGAUAGGAGGAGGGAGAGGAGCGUGGGAGUGAGACAGGCUGCCAUAUGUUAACUGUGUUAUACAUCAGCUGCUGGAUGGUGUCAGGGAAGAAGACAAAUUGUCUUUGGUGCCAGGAGGUGGGUUGUACUGGGGAACGGUUGGCUCUGAAAGGGGGUUGCUGCUGAAGGGGGGGGGUGAGGUAUGGACGUCUCCUGGAUGACGAAUAUCGGGCCGAGUGAAGGGGUGACCCCAGAUAUUAAAUGUGGCUCGUUCUGUAAAGCUACAUCAUUUAAUGAGAAAGAUAAUGGGAGACAUCCAUGAGAGAGAGAAACGGUCGUGGGCAGAUAAUGGGAAGCUAAAUAAAUGGGCGAGCUAUUUAUCAAGAAAAUGUCCCACUUCCAGAGCGACGGCGGAACGUGGAAAUGGCCAAACGGAUGGGGUGAGCAUUUCUCACUGGAACGGCCCACGUCAGAGAAGAAUAUAGGAAAAUUCUAACAGGAGGAACGGGCCAUUUGACAUCUUGUGGUCCUCUAAGGUUCCCAGGAUCUUCUUCACAUCUUGCGUUUCCCAUUUGAUAGCUCUGGAAGAGGUUACAAGGAGAGAUCUCAAGAGGGUUCAUGUGAGAGUUUUUAGGCCUAUGAGUGAGGACUAUUUUAUUUUCUGUUGAGUGUUUCUUUGUACACUUCUCCACGUCUAGUGAAGCUGCUGUUGUAAUGGUCCAUGAAUUUAGUAGGCUGAACUCUAGAUGUUAAAUUCCUUGCGUCGGUGCCGUUGCUAUGGGUUAAUUAUUCUUCCCUAUCCAACAUCCUUUCGUGGGGAUCAUGAGGGCAACAUUUUAUUGGUCGGAGUGGGCACUUGUUCAAACAUCAAAAGUGUGUUAAUAAGGGGCCCUCAAGGGUACUGGUUCUUGCCCAAUAGUUGGAGAUUGGACUUUUUGAGAGAAAAGACGGGUAGAGAGAGAGAGAGAGAGAGAGAGAGAGAGAGAGAGGGAGAGAGAGAAAGAGAGAGAGAGAGAGAGGAGAGACAGAUAGACAGACAGAGACUAAGGGGGGAGUGGAGGGGGGACUACUUCAGGAGCAUCAAGACUUCUAUGAAAUGUCUCAGCAUUUUGGACUUUAUCUCCUGAAGGGUCUCCUGGAAGCACAUGCACAGCAGCUCAGGGUCAGGGAUGAUGUCCGCGGCCACUAGGACAUUAGAAACGUCUUUCCACUGUAGCACUCGUGGACAGGCACCAUUUUUAUUAUACUCCUUACCCAUCAUCCGCAAAAGUGGAAGCUCACAGAGAAAAACCCACCAGAGGUAGACUGCUCAUAACCCCAACCUUAGUGAUGUGAUUCUUUGCAAAUGUGAUAACGUCCGAAGGACUGACGAUGCUUGAAAGAACCAGGGUUUUGCUAGAAAUGAUCUUAUAGUUGAGCAAUGCCACGGACUGUAAACAAAAACCGAAGGAAUGAUUCAGCCAGUGUAUGAAAUUAAAAUGCUUGUUUAAUUGACUGCUCUUGAAAUGAGGAUCUAAUAGUUGACUAAUGAACUGCCUAUAAAGAUAAUUAUUUCUAAAAGCGAAAAUUAACUUGGGAGGUUCUUGAAGAAGAUUACUAGUGUAAUAACAAUUCUUUUGAACAUUAAUUCUUGAAGAAGAUUCUUGAACAGUAAUUUUGGAUUGAAGAGAGAGAUUAUUAGGGCACUAGUCUUGUAUGAAUCCUAGGCUCCAGCAGAAAGCUUCUUCUGGUUAAGCACUGCUCUAGCAUUCUCACGUGGUUGAGGGGACCACUUGUCUUUCAUUUCAGGCGAAUUGGUUGCGGAAUGCCCUCAAUUCUGUCUCCCCGGUCGAAGUUCUUCCCUUCUUUUAUUGACCUUUGUAAAUCCUACCAAUGUCACUUGAUUACUCAAUUUAACUGAACAAUCGAUUAUGAUAGUAUUCCAAUAAAAUAAAAUAAAAUCAAAAUAGUUGUACAUUAAAAAUUUCAGAGAAUCAUUCUAGGACAGGUUCUUGAGAAAGUGAUUAAAGGUUCACAAGUAGUCUUUUACCAAGAACAGAAAUUGAAAUUGAUUAAUUCAACCCCUUUUCCUUUUUUUUCUAUGUGUGGCCUGAUAUAUAAUUCAUGAUGAAUUAGUUGAGUUCCUGAAUGAGUUUUUCAUAAAGAAAAUAAAAGAUGAUGAACAAAACAUUGAAUGAAAAUCAUAAAUUCAAAGAACAUCUGAACACAGUUUUUGGAAAAUUAGAAAUUAGUGAAAGCAUUGUCAAGGAAAAACAACAAAUCAGAACUUAGAUCUGAAAAAUGAAAAAUUGAAUCUAAAGAGUUUUCUAGAGAAAUUUAAUAGCACUCAAGUGAAACUAGAUCAAAUGAUUGAAUUUCAGUAUUAUGCAUAUUAAUAGAGAAGGAAGUGGAUAUGUACAGUGGUUAGGUAAAAAAGAGAUGAAAUCAGAAAACUCAAAAUCCUUUACACAAAAUUCUGCUAUGCAAAAAAAAGUAGAAACAUGUGGGAGACCACAAAGCCCACCAGAAAAUCAAAGAUUAGGAAAAUAUGAGUUCCUUGGAAAAUAUUAGACUAAUUAAUGAGAAUUAACUCAUACCAUGUUUGGCUCCCCCUAUUGAAACAUAUUUCAUUUAUUUAAACAGUUUCUUAAGAUGGAUGAAGCCCCAUAUCUUGACAACAAGCAUUCUUCGUACCUGACCAGGGAAAAAGGUGAAUUAUCUCAUUCCAUGAGAAAUGAGAAGUGACCUUUGGGGAUAA